AUGAGCGAAUGCUGUUUGAAAGGAUUUCGGUGGGAGGGCGAGCCGAAAGGCCAGGAAUCAAAACUCACAGGCACCAACUGCUAUGUGACCGGUUCCACCAGUGACGUCGCAAUCUUGGUUAUUCAUGACGUUUUUGGAUGGACGUUCCCUAACAUUCGUCUUCUGGCGGACCACUACGCAGAAGAGGUUGGUGCCACGGUCUAUAUUCCGGACUUCUUUGGUGGCACAGUACUACCUUUUGACGUAAUUCUCGAUCAGUCCCGGUGGGGUGAACUCAAUCUGCCAGAGUUCUUGAAAGCAAACAACAAAGUUUCUCGAGAGCCUGAAAUCGACGAGUGUGCUAAAGCCUUGCGCUCACAGUACAAGCGUGUUGCUGCUGUCGGUUUCUGCUUUGGUGGGCCUGUGGUCUUUCGACUGGGAGCCAAGGGCCGAAAUCUCGUCGAUUGCAUCUCCGCAGCACAUCCCAGUUUUUUAGAGGAAGAAGAAAUUGCCAAAGUCGGGGUGCCGGUUCAAAUUAUUGCUCCAGAGACUGACCCGCUCUUUACACCCGAGUUGAAGACCUAUAGCAAUGCAACGAUUCCUACCCUUGGAAUUCCGUAUGACUAUCAACAUUUUCCAGGUCUCGAGCAUGGUUUUGCAACGAGAGGGGACCCGAAGGUUGAUAAAGAAAGGGACGGAAUGCUGAGAGCGAAAAAUGCGGCAGUUUUGUGGUUUCGCCAGUGGCUGCAUGAUAACAAUUGA